ACUGAGCCCAACAUGUUGCACGAUGUUCCUGUUGUCUCUACUUCUAAUCUCCAUCUCUCCUGUACAAUGUGACGAGCAGCUCAUAGUCACAUUUACCCGCUACUUGUCCCGUCUAGAGCGCAAACAAGUGCUGCGCACAUGUCUUUCUAACGACUUUGAUUGGUACACAAUACCUAAAGCUCGUCACGUGGAACAGUUCAGCAGUGACUUUAGUGUUAUCUACGUGGGACAUGAUCUGGGGUAUGUGAGGCCGAGCUUAAUCGAGCACAAUCUAGUAAAGGGUGUUUUUCAUGACAAGAUUAUUCAGACGACUCUGAAAGCGGAACCACAACAUUACAACACAUCAAACAACGCACCCGGUCAGAGGUCAUCUUCUUAUUUAGACUAUUUCAGAAGGAAAAUACUGAGUGUCAGUUCUCGGAGUGUUGCCUCCCUAGUUCACGCACCUGCAUUGUGGCGGCGUGGUUACCGCGGGGCAGGUGUGCGAGUAGCAGUACUGGACACAGGCCUCAACAAACUGCACCCCCACUUCAGCAAUAUUGGAGACACUAUUGACUUUACAGAUGAGAACGAGCCUAAUGAUAAGGUUAUAGGACACGGCACCUUUGUAGCAGGAGUUAUCGCAAGUUCUAGAGACUGUCUGGGUAUUGCUCCCGACACUCUUAUUUACUCUCUUAAAGUUUUCAACUCUCAACAGAUAUCUCACACUUCCUGGUUCCUGGACGCCUUUAAUUACGUUGUCAGCUCUAAAAUAGAUAUUAUCAACCUUAGUAUUGGGGGCCCGGACUUCCAGGACUCUAUCUUCAUCAACAAAGUCAUGGAACUCACGUCGAAGGGGAUUAUCUUCGUAUCAGCAAUGGGAAAUGACGGCCCCCUCUACGGAACACUGAACAAUCCAGCAGAUCAGCUAGAUGUCAUAGGAGUGGGCGGUCUGAACUAUGACGAUGAGAUUGCGGAGUUCUCGUCACGUGGUAUGACGUUGUGGGAGCUACCUGAGGGUGGUCGUGUUAAACCUGACAUUGUUACAUAUGGUACAGCUAUUAGGGGCUCUAAUAUUAAGGGCUCCUGUAGGUACCUAACUGGUACUAGUGUCAGUUCUCCUGUAGUUACUGGUGCUGUCUCUCUACUCACUGAGAUUAUGAAGAAGAAUGAGAGAUUGUCCCGGCUUCUGUCUCCUGCAAGUAUAAAACAAGUUCUCAUGGCAUCAGCAGACAGGUUACCUGGGAUUAGUAUGUACGAGCAAGGCAGCGGUAAAAUGAACCUGCCGCGCGCGUAUGAGUUGUUACAAGGAUAUGUUCCUCAGAUUACACUGAGUCCCGGUAAGAUAGACUGGACGGACUGCCCUUAUAUGUGGCCUAUCUGUUCUCAACCUCUCUACUACACUGCCAUGCCUAUCACUGUUAACAUGACCAUUAUCAAUGGUAUGGGAGUGCUGGGCUCCAUAACCAGCCCUCCCACCUGGCACCCCAACACAGAGACUAGUGGGAACAUUCUCCAGUUAUCAUUCCGUUACAGCCCCACUCUGUGGCCCUGGACUGGUUACCUAGCUAUUACACUGUCAGUAGCUGAGUCUGGAGCUGGGUUUGCAGGUACAGUAGAAGGGUAUGUACUUCUCACAGUCACAUCUCCUGCAACAAGUGAAGAUAUCAGCGACCAGACCUCCACCCUUCACAUCCCUGUUAAAGUAAACAUUAUACCCACCCCGCCCAGGAAGAAGAGGAUAUUGUGGGAUCAUUUCCACUCUAUUGGAUACCCAGUAGGCCCAUUCCCUAGAGACAACCUCAAACUUCACACUUCCCCUCUUGAUUGGAAUGGAGACCACAUUCAUACUAACUUCAACGGUGUUUACAAGCAUCUCCGUAGUAAGGGAUACUUUGUAGAGAUAUUAUCAUCUCAUUUUGGGUGUUUUGACGCACUAAACUACGGCUACCUGUUCCUUGUGGAUUCAGAAGAUGCAUUCUUUGAGAGUGAGAUAACGAAGCUUAACGAGGAUGUAACUGCUAAAGGACUGAACUUGUUGGUGUUCGCUGAUUGGUAUAACGGACCACUAAUAAAGCACAUAAAGUUCUAUGACGAGAACACGAAGCAGUGGGUAGUGUUGCAGGGUGGUGGGGCUAAUAUCCCCGCACUUAACAAACUGCUCGCUGCGUGGGGUGUGGUGCUCAGUGACAAGGUCUGGUACGGCAAGUUCUCUAUUGGUCCGCAUGCUAUGGACUACGCGUCCGGCACCAGCCUAUUAUCCUUCCCUACAGAGGGUAAAGUGUUCACUGCAACUCUAUCAGACGAAGCUACAGAGAUGAUACAUAACAAGGAUGUAAGUGUAAGUGAUGUGCCCAUAUUUGGACUACACCACGGUGAUAGCGGCUCCGUUGCAGUGUACGGAGAUUCCUCCUGUAUUGAUAACGCAGGACACGUGACCAACUGUUAUUGGUUUGUAGAGGAAGUGUUAAAUAUGAUAGAGAAGAGAUCCUACACCUUCUCCCCUGGUAUUGACGAGUCUCUCUCCGCCUGGCUGCAGACUACUUUCCGUACUCCCAAACUCGCUUCAACUCCGCUGUUUCACCAGUUUUCCCGUGUUAUGACACAAGUGGACGGAAUCCUUGUGUUCAGAGAUCAGAAAAUGUGUCCAGUGUACCCAGCAGUAGAGUCACGUGACUAUAACGACACAUACCCUAUAGGACAGCUCAACAGUAAGCUAUUAUCCAUUAACUUAGAUAACCAGCCAGUAGACUUUGUAUUGAUGGAGGAGACUGAGGACGAGAACAGCAUCAAACUGUUUUAUAUCCUGGGAUUUAUCACAUUCCUAAUGGUUUUAGUGGUCUGUGCAUUCCUUUACUUCAUGUUCUCAUUCUUCCACAAAAAACGGAUUAUUUUAUACCGCGUACGAACUCGUCGACGCGUGUGACUUUGAACUUUGUUUUAUGACAAAUAUUAUUGGGUAAUAUUAAUAUGAACCUUUUAAAUACUCUAAUAAUAUGACGCUUUUAAGGUAUUUUGUAUUUUGGAAAAAUUUUUUUUUUUUGGAAAAGAAUUUUACAUAUUUUCCGGUUUAUUUUGGAAAAUCUUAAAGGUAUUCGGGGAAUUUGUACUUUGAAAAUUUCGUACUAGUAUUUUUACACUGACUUAUUACAUAGAUUUAUUUCACUUACGCCCACACAUUGCAUCAAUUUAAAUUAUUGCUAAUCAACAUAAUUUUAUGUUACUAUCCCUGGGGCCUUUUUUGAAGUUACCAAACACACAGAUUUAAAAUAACUUUUUACAAUUGCA